UCGAGAAGUGAUUUCAAAGAAAGAAAACUUCAUAGCGCUGGUUGGGUAGUCUGCCAAACAGAGCCGUAACAUGGACGGCGAUGCGAUCCUGGGAGUGAGAGACGUCGGAGCAACCAAAUCGGCGGUUUCCGACGAAAGAAAGCGGAAAUUGAUGAAGAGAAGCGAGAGAUGGCUGGUGGUUCUUGGAGUGGUACUCCAUGCGGUGUACAUGCUCAGCAUUUUCGACAUUUACUUCAAGACCCCGAUCGUCCACGGCAUGGACCCUGUUCCUCCUCGCUUCAUUGCCCCCGCCAAGCGCCUCGUCCUCCUCAUUUCUGAUGGUUUACGGGCGGACAAAUUUUUUGAACCGGACCAAGAAGGAAAUUACAGGGCACCUUUUCUGAGAAGUGUAAUCAAAAGACAUGGCCGCUGGGGAGUGUCUCAUGCUCGGCCUCCAACAGAAUCAAGGCCUGGGCAUGUUGCUAUAAUUGCUGGUUUCUACGAGGAUCCCAGUGCAGUUACAAAAGGAUGGAAGGCAAAUCCAGUGGAGUUUGAUUCAGUGUUUAAUCGGAGCUGGCAUACGUUUGCUUUUGGUAGCCCAGACAUUAUUCCAAUAUUCUGCAGUGCCUUGCCUCAUAGCACGUGGAAUUCAUAUCCUCAUGAGUUUGAAGAUUUUGCAACUGAUGCAUCUUUUCUAGAUGAGUGGUCUUUUGAUCAAUUUCAAAGCCUCUUGAAUAGGUCCAUUGAAGACACAAAAUUGAAACAGCUACUUCUGCAAGAUAAACUCAUCAUAUUCCUUCACCUACUUGGGUGUGAUUCAAAUGGUCAUGCACAUCGGCCCUAUUCAUCUAUUUAUCUUAAUAAUGUUAAGGUUGUUGAUCGUAUUGCUGAACGUGUUUAUAAUAUUGUUGAGAAUUAUUUCAAGGACAACCAGACAGCAUAUAUUUUUACAGCCGAUCAUGGAAUGAGCGACAAAGGAAGUCACGGAGAUGGGCAUCAUUCUAACACAGAUACUCCCCUUGUUGCUUGGGGGGCAGGUGUUAGAUAUCCCAUGCCCACUUCCACCAACAACCAUUCUGAUUGUGGUUUCCGCUUUAUUGAUGAACAUGUCCACGACAUGCCAACACCUAAAGAAUGGGGCCUUGAUGAAAUAGAAAGGGUGGAUGUUAACCAAGCUGACAUUGCUCCACUAAUGUCAACUCUUCUUGGCCUACCAUGUCCUGUUAACUCAGUUGGAAAUUUGCCUCUAGACUAUGUCAAUUUAAAUAAGGCUGAAGAGGUUGAAGCUGUGCUAGCUAAUGCUAAGCAAAUCCUCAGUCAGUUCCUUCAAAAGUCACUACUAAAGCAGUCAAAUUCAUUACGUUUCAAGCCUUUCAAGCCACUGGCUCACUAUUCUUCAGAUUUGGAUGAAAUUGAAUAUCUAAUAUCUAUUAGAGACUAUGAAGCUGCACUAAAGCUGUCACAAGACCUCAGGACCUUGGCGCUGAAAGGACUAGAUUACUUUCAAACUUAUGAUUGGUUCAUGCUGAUGACUGUAAUUACUUUUGGCUAUUUUGGUUGGAUGAUCCAUCUUAUACUCCAUGUGCUAAAAUCCUAUACUUAUUUUCUGGGGAGUUUUCCUAGAAAAAACCAAGCACUUCAUGUGAGAAAUGAUAGUGGAAAGUGGAAGGUGCAUUUUGGUGGAAGUCUGGUCAUGGGAUCAACAUGUAUCCUACUGCUUUUAGAGCGCUCUCCGCCCCUUUAUCAUGCAUACACUGCUAUGACAGUAUUUCUUUGGACUCAAAUAUUUAGUGAAUAUCAGUUCCUAAAAGCAUUAUGGAGAGAUUUAGUUGGGAGGCAAUCUAGUUACAUCAUUAAGCUUGUAGCUACUUGUGCUGUGUCAGUAGCUGUCCUUGAGUUCCUGGUGCAUAGCUUCACCGACAGGAAACUCUAUACUUGGUGUUUCUUGAUUGUGGGAGUCAUUGCUUCAAUUCAUCUUUAUUACUCAAUUCCUUGGAAAUCUGGGAUACCAAUCUUUGUGUGGUUUUCAUGCUGGGCCUUGUCUGCCUUCACUUUGAUGCCUGCAGAAAUUCCUGAUAAUACUCCACUAGUAGUUGCAAGUGGAGCCAUGAUUCUUGUUAUAGGAGGAGUUGCUACCCAUCUGGACCAGCAUGCUGAACCGAACAAAUAUUGGCAUGGUCUUCUAAAUCAUCAUGUGAAGAAACCUGGAUUUCCAAUGCUCUUCCUCUUGCAGGCUCUCCUAGUUGGGUUAUCAUCGGUGAUGGUCCCAUUAUCAACAUUUCAUAGAACAGAAAAACAAGAACUUCAUGCAUUGCAUCAAUUAGUAAACUGGUUUAUUGCUGGUUUCUCAAUGGUGCUUCCACUGUUUUCAGCAACGGGGCUGUUGUCGCGACUGACUUCUAUAUUUCUUGGUUUUGCACCCACAUUCUUACUUCUAUCAAUUGGAUAUGAAGCUGUUUUCUAUGCUGCACUUGCACUUGUACUCAUGGCAUGGAUACUAUAUGAAAACACAAUUCUAUAUAGAAGUUGGGGCAAAACACCUUCAACUUCAAUUAAAGCGGUUGAGGAUAACAUCAUUCCUGGAAGUAGCGAUAGAGGCUUGGAGCUGUCUGACAUGAGGAUCCCAUUGGCCUUUAUGGUCUUGUUUAAUGUCGCAUUUUUCGGAACUGGUAACUUUGCAAGUAUUGCAAGCUUUGAGAUCUCAUCUGUAUAUCGGUUCAUAACCAUCUUCAGUCCAUUUCUGAUGGCAGCACUACUCAUAUUCAAACUAUUCAUCCCAUUCAUGCUUGUCAUAUGUGUGUUUAGUGCUAUAACAAAAUUAAUUCGAGUUCCAAGAUUGGGAUGCUAUUUUCUUGUUAUAUUAUGUUCAGACAUAAUGACAAUCCAUUUCUUCUUCCUGGUUAAAACUAAAGGGAGCUGGAUGGAAAUUGGCAACAGCAUCAGCCAUUUUGGAAUCAUGAGUGCCCAAGUUGUGUUUGUCCUAUUGCUUUUUGCCCUCACAAAUGUGUACACCAAAGAUAUCCAAACUAGAUCGGCAGAGAAAUUUCCCCUUAAAGCCAUGUAACUCGUUAUAUUCAUUUGAAUUUUGUUAUCAUUCUUUUCAAUUUUUUUCAAAAGAUGAGCUUUUGAUAUUGUGGCGACUUCUUAGGUUUCAGACAACCUUCUCAUUUUCAGUUUUGUUGUUUGUUGUGUUAUCUUGCAACUGUCACAUAUUGUUGUGUGUAUCAGAGCUUUGAAACAGUAUUUACCCUA